UCAAGAUUCAACAUCUAACUAAACAUUGUCCAAACGGGAAAAGAAAAGAAAAAUAAAAAAUUAAUCACCAUUGACUGGAAAGUCACACGUAGCUAAAAGUCUAACAUCAAGUCAAGUGUAAAACAAGAAACUUCUUCACUUCUCUCUGUACAUCAUUUUUAUUUGGGAUCUACAACAUACUUGAACGAGAUGGAAGUAAAGAACACAAAUUGAUGAGCUAAGAUGUUGAAACUAGCAGCUUUCUUAAGCCUUGUUUGGGCAUUGACUCUUCUCUAUGGAGAAAUGUUUGCAUUUUGGGUCCCUUUUCUUUCUUGUUCUUGGCCUCACCUUCAUUCUUCAAAGACGGAUGGAAUAGAUCAUCAACGUGACUAUGUAAAAAUUGCUGUUCUGACUGAUCCUCAGCUCAUGGAUAGAACCUCUCUUCGUCUUGCCCCGAAAUCCCUUGCACUUGAAGCUGCUCAGUUCUAUACAGAUUUGUAUAUGCGCAGGGCAUUCCAUUCAUCUAUUUUACCUUCCAAACCUGAUAUUAUUCUGUUCCUAGGUGAUUAUUUUGAUGGUGGGCCUUUUCUGUCUGAUGAAGAAUGGCAGGAAUCCUGGAGCCGGUUUAAGCAUAUUUUUGACAUUGAAAUGCUUGAGCAAACUACAAACAUAAAGCUGUACUACCUUGCUGGAAACCAUGAUAUAGGGUAUGCAGCUUUUCACUCGCAUAUGCCAGAGGUUAUCAAACGUUAUGAGAAAGCAUUUGGUGCGAGGAACUAUCAAUUUACAGCUGGGAAAGUAGAUUUCAUAGCCAUUGACGCGCAAACCUUGGAUGGGCAUCCGCAAAACAAUGUAACCCCUGCCACAUGGAAUUUUGUCAAAAAUGUCUCUAAGCAUCCAUCUUCGAAUCCAAGGGUUCUAUUGACUCAUAUUCCACUAUAUCGGCCAGAUCUAACUGCAUGUGGUCCAUAUCGUUCAUCAUCAAUUAUUAAUCAGAGAAUCAACCGGGCUGCUUUUGAUAAUGAAAUAUUAUAUCAAAACUACAUUACUGAAAAUGGAACGAAUGGCCUGCUUGACUCGAUCAAACCUGCACUAAUUCUCUCUGGGCAUGACCAUGAUCAGUGUACAGUGAUCCACAAGUCCAAAUAUGGUUCUGUAAAAGAGCAUACUCUAGGGACCAUAAGCUGGCAGCAGGGAAAUUUAUUUCCAUCUUACAUGCUAUUAUCUGCAAGUAAUCUUAUCUUAGCGGACGGAUCAAUGCCAGAGGAGGCAAUUUCCACCAAAGUGUGCUUUCUCCCUGUGCAGACAUACAUAUAUAUAUGGUAUCUGUUGCUGUUUGUCAUGACCCUUCUUAUUGCUGUCCUUUGGCCCACAAAUGGGGUGCUCUUUCCGCACUAUCUUGGUGGAUUUCUGAGUAACAUAAGAAGUCUAAUUAGUUCUAGCUUUUCUGGAGGUGGGGAAAAGCUGAAAAGCGAAGAUGAGAUAUGUGAAUAUGAGGAGGUCUGGGAUGCAGAAGGAUCGAUGCACCUCAUAAAGAAAACCUUUAAAGUUUCUUCUACAUGCUCAAGCGAGAGCGCUUCAGUGGAACGGGGUAAUGCUGUCAUGCGGUCGGUUGCCAGAAAAUCUAAUGCAGAAGAGACGAAUGCCUCAAAUCCCGCAGAUGUGACUUUAUAUAUAGGAUCAGAUGCUGUGGUAAAAACACUGCCUCGGACAAACAAAUCAAAGACAAAGAUGGUAAUUAGGAGAGUGGUGCGGACAUUAAGUAUGGUUUCUCUUGUUGCAGCUUUUAAUAUCCCACUAUAUAUGAUGCUUCUUUUCAAAGAUUGGAUUGAUAAAUGAUGUACUUUUCAAAUAUGCCAGUGAUGCUGGCUUAGGUUAGGUACUUCCUAAUUCGGAUAAAUACGGACAAGACGUAAAAAUGAGCAGGCUUUAGCAGCUGUCGCCUUUUUCAUAUGUUCUAGGUGUUCAGUUGCUCUGUUGUUGUAAUUGUCAUUGUAGUUAUUGUUGUUGUAAUAUGUUAUCGUUGUUGUUUUUUUGACAUAUCCUGCACUUGAUCAAGUAAUUGGUACCAUUAAGGAUUUGAACAGAUGAAUGGUUUGUUUUACAUAACAUAAUGAUGCUUAUUCUGCCA